AAACAAACUACAGGAUUUCCUGUUCUGCAGCCACUGUGCUGGGCUGCAGAUGCCGGCAGGAUUCCAGCGCUCCGAAAACAUGUGGAAGUUCAGAGGGGAGCCUCUGGGGCUGGGACUGCUGCGAAAGCCGGUAGGGAAUAGCAGCAGAAGGCUCGCUCCUCCUGCUCUCUAGCAUGGAUGUCUUCCUCCUGAAGGAUGGGAGCUACAGGGAGAAAGCCUCCACCCGCCUGAAUCCACCGCGCAGCGAGGAGACUCAGCCGAGAUGGAGAGCAACGCGUCCUCUGGGAACUGCACCCACCCGCAGAUGGCCUUCCAGUCCACCCUGUACGCAGCCACGUACACCAUGAUCUUCAUCCCCGGCCUCCUGGCCAACAGCGCUGCCCUGUGGGUCCUGUGCCGCUUCAUCAGCAAGAAGAGCAAAGCCGUCAUCUUCAUGAUCAACCUGGCCGUGGCCGACCUGGCCCACGUCCUCUCGCUGCCGCUGCGGAUGUAUUACUACAUCAACCACACGUGGCCCUUCGGGAGCUUCCUCUGCCAGGUGUGCUUCUACCUGAAGUACCUCAACAUGUACGCCAGCAUUUGCUUCCUCACCUGCAUCAGCAUCCAGCGGUACCUCUUCCUCCUCCACCCCUUCAGAGCCAAGGACUGGAAGCGCCGCUACGACGUGGCCAUCAGCGCGGCCGUCUGGCUCUUCGUGGGGGCCGCCUGCCUGCCCCUGCCCAUCGUCAGGAGCCCGGCCCUGUCCAACAGCACCAACACCUGCUUUUCGGACCUGGCCGUGAAGCAGCUGGCGCCGGGAGCCUCCAUCGCGCUGGUGACGGUGGCGGAGCUCUUUGGCUUCAUCAUCCCCUUCGGCAUCAUCGCCUGCUGCACGUGGAAGAUGAGGCAGUCGCUGCGGGAGUGCCAAACGCAGCUGCAAAACGCCAGCGAGAAGCAGAGAGCGCUGCGGAUGGUCCUGAUGUGCGCGGCCGUCUUCUUCAUCUGCUUCACCCCCUACCACAUCAACUUCCCCCUCUUCAUGAUGGUGAUAGAGAACAUCAUCACGGACUGCGCCGUGCACAGGAGCACGCUCCGCUUCCACCCCAUCUCCCUCUGCCUCGCCAGCCUCAACUGCUGCCUGGAUCCCGUCCUCUACUACUUCAUGACCUCCGAGUUCCAGGACCAGCUGCUGCGGCACGGCUGUGCCGCCCUGCGGGCUCGCCUCGCACGCAGCCGCAGCAGCUUAUCCGUGGUGGACGCCGGCCACGACAUCCGCACCAAGCCGAGAAACCUGCCGCGCUUCGGGCUUUGGUCCCUCCCCAAGCUCUUUGGCCGGAUAAACAGCAUGGAAAUUCCCCCGGUGCCGCCCGACGAGCUCCUCCUGGAGUCCAUCUCUUGAAAAGAAGACGUUCCCCUCCGCGUAGGUGCUUCCCGUAGCUUGAGUGAAGAUCGUGUUGGGUCUCCACAUACGUGCUGAAUUACCCCUGUGUGCAGCAGGUGCUGGGAUCGGGCCCAGGAGGACGUUUUGAUGAAGGAGGUUUGGGUGCUGUGUUGUAGGUGUCAGGGACCGUUCGCCUUACAGUGUUUGCCGCCGUGUUGUCGCUGAAAUAUCACAAACAGCCGCCACAACCAUCAGUGUUUCUCCCCUGCUGGACUGCAGCUAGGUGUGGUGCCCUGCCUUUGCUGUCAUUUCAGUGUUUGUGCCCAUUUAUUGUGUUUGGCAGCCCUUCUGCAUCCUGCCGGGGGUGGCGCGGAGCGGGCCUGUGCCCUCCGCACCGCAGGCUCCGGAUCAGGACGGGUAAUGGUGUGCAUGCAGAGAAAACCUCUCUCCUCCGAGAAAAUCAACACUAAAUCUGGACCUUGGGACUGCAGCAGAGAGGAUGAGAAGUUGGCGUUGCCAUCUAGGAGCCUGUGUUAUUUGGGGUGUUGCUAAAGCCUCUGCUCAUCGAUACAGAUGUCACACAAGCCCCUCGGGUCUGCUUCAUAAACCAGAAGUGGGUCCAGCCCUCGCUGGGACCGAGAAACGUUUACAAACCUGACCCGAGCGCAUCCUUCGGGCUUCAAACUCGGGAGGAAAUAAAAUGUUCUCAACACGUC